AUGAACACCGUCUUUCGUAUUGAUAAAAUUACCAAAAUUGAUCAGAACAGUGAACUUUAUCAAGUGGAUCUUACACUCACUUCGGAUGAUGAUCAACAGCUUCGCACUCUUACUGAUCGCAUACGAGAAGAGACUCCAGGUGAAACAGGAUGGGAACGACUGGGACAACUGCUAGUGAAAAUAGGUCAAUUUGACAGGGCUGAAGAACUCUACAAAGUACUGCUGGAACAGACAUCCGACGAGAGUGAAAAAGCAAUUUAUAAUAAUAAUCUUGGAGCUAUCAAGUUUCAUCAAGGCUAUUAUGAGAUGGCUAUUGAGUAUUAUGAAAAAGCACUUGAAAUCGAGCAAAAAACUCUUCCUCCAAAUCAUCCUUCGUUGGCUACUUCCUACAACAACAUCGCUUCGGCGUAUGACAACAUGGGAGAGUACUCGAAAGCACUUUCGUUUUAUGAAAAAGCACUUGAAAUCGAUCAAAAAACUCUUCCUCCAAAUCAUCCAUCGUUGGCUACUUCCUACAACAACAUCGCUUCGGUGUAUGGCAACAUGGGAGAGUACUUGAAAGCACUUUCGUUUUAUGAAAAAGCACUUGAAAUCGAUCAAAAAACUCUUCUUCCAAAUCAUCCUGAUUUAGCUAUUUCUUACAACAACAUCGCUUCGGUGUAUGACAACAUGGGAGAGUACGCGAAAGCACUUUCAUUUUACGAAAAAGCGUUUGAAAUCUGUCAAAAAACUCUUCCUCCAAAUCAUCCUUUGUUAGCUACUUCCUACAACAACGUUGCUUCGGUGUGUAAGAACAUGGGAGAAUACCCGAAAGCGCUUUCAUUUUACGAAAAAGCAUUCAAAAUUUGUCAAAAAACUCUUCCUCCAAAUCAUCCUCAUUUGGCAACAUCUUACAACAACAUCGCUUCGGUGUAUAAAAACAUGGGAGAGUACUCGAAAGCACUUUCGUUUUACGACAAAGCACUUGAAAUCUUCGAAAAAGCUCUGCCUUCAGAUCAUCCUGAUUUAGCUACUUCCUACAACAACAUCGGUUUGGUGUACCAUAAAAUGGAAGAGUGCUCGAAAGCACUUUCAUUUUACGAUAAAGCACUUGAAGUCUUCGAAAAAGCUCUGCCUCCAGAUCAUCCUGAUUUGGCUACUUCCUACAAUAACAUCGGUUUAGUGUAUUACAACAUAGGAGACUACUCGAAAGCACUUUCGUUUUACGAAAAAACGCUUGAAAUCAAACGAAAAGCUCUUCCUCCAAAUCACCCUGAUUUGGCUACUUCCUACAACAAUAUUGGUUUAGUGUAUUACAAUAUGGGAGAGUACCCGAAAGCACUUUCAUUUUACGAAAAAGACCAUGAAAUCUGUCAAAAAACUCUUCCUUCAAAUCAUCCUUCGUUGGCUACUUCUUACAUCAACAUUGGUUUUGUCUAUGCAAAUAUGAAACAGUAUUCGAAAGCACUCUCAUAUUUUGAACGUGCACUUGAUAUUAAACAAUGUUCAUUACCUCCUAAUCAUCCUAAAAAACGAAAUAUACCAAAAGAUGCAGCACGAAAAGCUCUACAAUUUACAUAA